AAAAGAGUAAAGAGAGAAGAAAGCAGAGAAAGAAAACCAAAUCAAUGGCGGUUUCCGUUUCAAUCCUCACCGUCGUCACUGCUCUUCACCUCCUUGCUUUCGUCUUCGCCUUCGGUGCCGAGCGUCGCCGUAGCACCGCUGUGCCGGUGCCGGACCAGUACGAUGAGAAGACCUUUUGUAAGUACGGAACUGAGGCAUCGACGGUGUACGGUAUGUCGGCGUUUGGGUUACUUCUUGUUAGCCAGGCGUUGGUUAACGGUGUUACAAAGUGUCUCUGCUUUGGAAAGGGUCUUGUUACUGGCACUUCUUACACUGUGUGGGCUAUUGUCUUCUUCGUUGUUUCUUGGGUAAGCUUUUUAGGAGCUGAGGCGUGUUUGUUGGCUGGAUCAGCAAGAAACGCAUACCACACUAAAAGUGAAGGCAUUUACAAAGGGAAAGAGAUUUCGUGUGCCGUCUUACCUGUUGGGGUCUUUGCUGCUGGAGCUGCUUUCACUCUCAUGUCUUUGAUUGCAACCAUUCUUUACUACUUGGCUCAUUCUAAGGCUGACACUGGUGGAUGGGAGAAGCAUCAGAACGAUGGCAUUAACAUUGGUAUGACCACUCCUUCAGAAGCUCCAAAGCAACAAAACACCGAGUUCAACAAGGUCUAAACCAGUUUCUGUUUGGUCUAAUAUUGGCUACGCUUUUAAAAACAGGGUAAACUAUAAAAAUAGUUGUUUGUUAAUUGUUCAUAUAAAAACUUGUGUUCUCAGAUGUAAGAUGUGUUGUUGGCUUAUGUAUGUCUAUGAGAAAUUUGGUUUGGCUCAAUCAUCAUCUUAGCUUCCCACUUGACCUCAACUAGAAAUGCUA